AGAUGUGAAACCAGUUUUAGAAAAUGCCGCGGGCAGCAAUCAGCCAGAAACAUUUGGCGGCUGAAAUAGCUCGAUGUUUGGAGGAUAAUGAGCUUGAUGAGUUCAGGGCCCAGGUUUUGGCGGCAGAAGAUAUAGAUUAUGAUUUAAAUACACAGUAUGGAAAAGAGGUUGGAUACAAGACGAUUCUUCACCUGGCAAUAGAUGAGGAUGAUCAUGAUACCCUGGAGUAUAUUGAUAUACUGCUCCAGGCUGGUGCUAGUGCGCGGUAUCAGAACCCGCAGCUGCAGUCCUCUCCUAUCCACGUGGCAGCAGAUGAAGGAAAGCUCGGAGCAAUUCAACUUCUUCUCAAAUAUCCUGAAAAUAAGGCUGAUGUAAAUGCUGUGAACAGAUAUGGUUUAACCGGACUUCAUAUUCUUCUUGCUCAACUGCUAGAUCUAGCUUUUCUACAAACCAAACCUAAAGAGUCAAGACCGGGAAAGAUUGCCGAUGAUUCACUGGAGAAAGAUAUUGCGGAUAUUUUAGAGGCCAUAACUUUGAUACUGAAACAACGAGAGCUGUAUCUUAAUUUUGACGAGGCUACAGAUAUAAGUGACCCUAAGCUAUUAAAUAAGCAGUCCUACAAAAAACUGGCGACCAUGACCCCCCUUCAAAUUCUCUGUAGUUUUCAGACCUGGAAUGCGCGACCUAUUUCUAUGGUUUUGCACAGAAAACUGGAAGAGUGUGUAUUGACCCUGCUACGGAAAGAUGUUGAUCCAAACGCUACCUCGGCCAAGAACAGUGUCGCCGGCUCAAUUGCAGGAUCUACGCCUCCGGUUCUAUUGGCAGCUAUCCGUGGAUAUUUCCUUGUUGUGGAAGUAUUUAAACAGUUCAAUACAGACUUCCUGGUCGAGAAUAAGUUCCAACAGAGUAUCCUUCAUGUUGUUCUCAAAGCUGGAUAUUAUAACAAGAUACUUGUACAUGGAGAGGAGUGUGGAGUUGUUAACGAGAAAACUAUAUACUGUCUCUUCAAGGAGAAUAGCAUCAGACUCAAAUAUUCGAUGAUGGCAAUCAUAAACAGAGCGGAUUCCUAUGGAAACACCCCUCUACACUACGCUAAACAGUAUCCUACACAGGAAAUUACAAAGUUUCUUCUCAGGAAUGGUGCUAAAAUUGAUCGAAACCCCCAGGGUACUAUGAACAUACAUCCAAAAGUUUUAGAGGAAUUCCUUUUUGAAGACUGUAUGCUGUCGUCUGGUGAUGAUGCUGAUGAUGAAGAUUUUGGAAUAACAAUUCUAUUUAACAUAUUCGCUCAACCAGAUAUAGAUCCACAACUCAAGAUAAACAAAGUGGAGGAUAAAGCAAUUGCAUGGAGUGACGAGGUAGAGAAGGGAGUAGGGAAAAGAGAAACAAGGAAGUUUAAAAAGAAGAUUGACACGAAGCGUCUGGAAUUUUUUGGUGAUGUUGACACCUUCAGACAAUUACUGAAGCACCCUGUACUGAGCAGUUUCUUGGAACUACAGUUAAACAAUCUGAGAACUGGUUAUAUCAUAGAUUUUCUGGUUUAUUUGCUAUAUAUUCUCAUACUCUACGUUUUCUUCGGAGAGCGGUUUAACAAACUGAAAAGUAAACUAUCAACUACAGUGGAGGUAUACUAUGUAACACAGUUGGAUUAUUCGAUCACGAUUAGUACGAUCCUGGUUGCGAUCUUUACGAUCUUCUUGAUGGCGAGGGAGAUCGUCCAGCUUGUUAGAUUGAGGAAAAGGUAUUUUCACUACUAUGAAAAUAUGAUUGAAUGGUGUGUUCUGGUUCUAGUUCUUCUCUCCCUUCUACCAGAUAUAUGGUUCAUAUCAUAUCCAUAUCUACAGAAGCAUUUAGCAGCAUUCACUUUCCUGCUAGCAUUCAUGCAGGUGUAUUUACUGCUUGUAAGAAUAGUGCCCAAUACUCCAAUACCUCUUUACGUAAACAUGUUCUCCACUGUACUCAGGACCUAUACCUUUAUCUUACUCUCCUACUUUGCAUUCUUGGUUUCCUUCGCUUUCAGUUUCAGUUUGGUAUAUAGUGCUGAGCCAUGUAUUGUUAGCGCUAACUCCACUGAUACAACUGCUUGUGAAGAAAAUGCUGAUGAUCAGUUUGGGAAUCUGGGAUAUGCCUUGGUUAAGACUGUGGUUAUGUUCACUGGAGAAUUUAACUACAAUGAUUUCCCAAUAAGACAUUGGUUGGGCUACCUUCUGUUUAUUAUGUUUGUAUUCCUGAUGACUGUUGUCCUGAUGAAUCUACUAAAUGGUUUAGCAGUCAGUGAUAUUCAUAAAAUACAGAAAGAGGUUGAUACAUACUAUCAAAUAUCAAUAGUAGAAACCUUGGCGUACAGCAAGUUUGUUACACUAUUAGCGGAGAGUAUUGUUAUUCGUCCUAAUAUGAAACCAGACAGUCCUAGACUUCUAGGCGUUGAAGUCCCUGGUCAACCUAGAUACCAGGUAAAAGCUGACUCUAUGAAGGAUUAUUAUCUAAAUGAAAGUACAGUGAAGGCAGCGAAGGAUUUAGUUGUUGACUGGAAAGCGAACGCAAGCAGUGGGAAAUUGGUAACAUUGGAAGAUGUAGGAGAGGACUUGAAUAAUAUAAGAAAAGAACAGGGUGCUAUGAAAUCUAGAUUGGGGACUAUAGAGGAGAGCAUAUCUUUAAUACUGGAUAUAAUGCAGAGCAGACAACCUACUGUACACAGAAUAUAGAUGGAUCGUCUUUGUUAAGCGGUAGCAGUGUAGUACAUAAUUGUAAAAGUCAUAAUAUGAUUAUGUCUGCUAGAGUUUAUUUUAUGAAAAGAGUAAAAGGCUGUUAAAACGUCAGUAUUGUCUCUGCAAGAUAAACGUUUUUUUUACAGAGCCCAAAACUUAAGACAGACUAUUGUUAUGAAACCCAGAAAUAAUAUUUCAUGGUUUUAUAUUCACUUUUUAUUUUCUAUUUCUUUAUGUAAAUCCACACAAAUGUGAUUACCCCAAAAAGGAAACUGAAGAGUUUCGUUAAACGAUACUCUUUUUUCCGCCUCAGCAAAUUUCUUGUUUCACUGCGUACCACCGUAUACAAUUAAAACAAACAAAUCAUAAACUCUAGCAGACGAAAUUCCUAAUGAUUAUUACAGUUUUCACAGCAAAGAAUUAUAAUGUGAAGAUAGUUAUUUCAAAUGUGUACUCAUUUUUUGUACUGCAGUGUACAGUCGCCGGGCUGUAAAGUAAACACAUGACGGAGGUCACAGCCUGACAUGGGAUC